AUGGCUGGCCGCGCUGUGGAGAACACAUUUCGUGACUUAAGGUCGGCAUCGAAAGCCCGCAAACGCAAGCGCAAGGCCUCACGAAAGUACUACGGCUGGAAAUACAUCAAGACAGGUCAACUCAACGCACCACACCUCGACAUGGAACAUCAUGACGCCUUCCGACCAUUGUGGGAAAGUGCACUACCGGCGGAGGCUGAGACCAUCACAAUGACCAAGGCAGUGAUGUACCGACAAGCACAACGCUGGCCUCGUCCACCAACUUACCACAGACAAUCCAAGGAAAAGGAAAUCUGGCCCUGGAGCUUUCGCAUUGAACGCCGCCGCGAACUGCAAAAACAUCCCAACGUCGACUUCAAAGACCCAUGGACCGUCUACUACGACAGCCUUUUCUCAGAAUCCGACUCACGCGACGACUGGGACGAGGUCUACGACCUGUGA